AUGACUGGCAGAUUUUUUAAUUUUAUCUGGUACUGGAAAUCUCACUGGGUGCACAAACUACCACGCCCGUCUCCGAUUCAAAGGCAGUCCACCAGCGUGGCUGCUGCGCGUGCCUCGGGUCACUACUUUGCCGGUUAUCCCCUUGACCUAGUCGGCUACCUCGUGAAAAGCGAGUAUGCGACUCUGAAGUUUCUCGGAUAUACGUCUGUGCAGGCUCCUCAGGUCUACGCAUACGGCGUGGCUGGUCAUGACCACGGCGUUGGCGUCAGCUUCGUUCUCAUGGAAGAGCUGAUAGGGAAGCCCUGGAUCCGCCAGACGGCAACAGCAGAGGAAACUUCCAAGGGCAGCAUCCCGCAGCUAGUACCCGAAGAAGACACCCCGGAACAGUUCUUCCUGAAGCAUGUCGAUGCCAAGGGCGACCACCUGCUUGUCGAUCCCGAGCUCAACAUCACCGGCAUCAUCGACUGGCAAAUGGCCAAAUUUGUGCCCCGUCGAGAAGCUUUUAGGCCGUCGCUCAUCACGGUGGACAUGCCCCGGUCGUGCCACGGCCAGGUUUCGCUCAGCGCCGAUGGCCACCUCCUCGCCAACGCCAUGCGCGAAAGCGGCAUCUCUGAGAAAAGCUGUCAUCUGGUUGCCGUCGAUGAAAAGGUCCGACGCUUCUUUUGGGGCUUGGCCCACGAGCCGAACUGGUCAGACGCCUUGCCUCUAGCCGUGGCCAUCCUGAAGGUGUUUGGUGUCACCACGUUCUGGGCAGACUGGAGGGAGGUGGCGUUGAUCAAGUACAGAAAAGACACACGAUUACACAAGCUUCUUACAGAGGCACCACGUUAA